AUGUAAUUUAAAUAAAUCAAUUCUGAAGUUUUCAAUGAAUAGAAAGCUUUAGAUUACUUGGAAUUAAAAAAUUAUAGUUUUCAAUAAACUCUUUUAGAAGAUCCUAAAAUAGCUUGCUGUCUGGAUUUUACUGAUUACUUAUUAAGUUAUCUUUUUUAAUAGACAAUACAUAAAAAAGCCCAUGAAAGAUUGUUAGUAGAAAUGUUUAACACAGACUAUAUAUUUUCAAAACUAUUUGGUUUAGAAUUGCAUAAAAUAAAAGAAUACUUUGUUAAAUGUGGAAAGAAGAGAAAAUUUUCUGGAUUUGAGUUAUUACUUUUGAAAUUGAUCUAAUUUUAAUUAGAAGAAGUAGAUAACUAGCAGAAAAUAUAGCUUAAAAUGGAAUAAUCACAUUUGAAUAAUUUGUCGCAUAUUAAAAUUCAUGUAUUGAAAAUGAUGAACAAGACAAUAACAUGCUUACUACAAAAUAACAGAAAGUAAAAGUUAAGACACUAUGUAUCAUAAACAUAUAAAAAGUAAUAGAAAUUUUAUUUUUUUAUUUUACGUAAUAUAUACAAGAUCGAUCUAAAAAAUAGCUUAGUUGGAAGAAAAUUAACCAUAAAUAUAUUUAUUAGAAAUUACUUUUUAGAUUCAUGAAGAAAUAAAACUAGAUAACCCUGAUAACAAUUAUAUCAUUUUAGAUUUCGAUUUUGCACAAAAUAUAAAAGAAUUUUGUCUUAGUAUUAUAAAAGUUAUUAAUAAAACUCAAGAAUAAAAUAUCAUUAUUAGACAGAUGGAUCAAUUACACAAUAAUAAAUUAGUACAAUGUGAAUACCUAUUGACUAAAAUUCAAUAUCUUUAAAUGUUGGAUUAAUGGGGAUCAGUUACAACUAAUUAACAAUUGAUAUUCUUGACAUCUAAAGACUCAUCAAUAAACUAGAGUCCCCUUGCAAUUAUAAGGAAGGAAGAUUCAGAGUAUAAUUGAGCUGUAAAAAAAUGAAAUGAUAUGUUUAUAAACUGAUUUGAAAGAAAAUUUGAAUAACUUAUAGUUAUUUAGGAUUCGCUACUUAUUUAGACAUAAUAAUAUUAUAAUUUUUUAAUUUUUAGAUUUAUAUUCUAUGAAGCAGGACAGUGUUUUUAUUCAAUUAAUUUUACUCAUAAAAUCUAAAAAUGGUUGAUUGAAGAAAAUGAAGUAGAUUAUACUAAAGCUAAAACUAUUUAAAUUUGUAAGCCAGAAUAUACAGUUCAAGCGAUUGGUUUUGUUGAAGAUUUAUUUGUAACUUAUGAUUCAAGUAAUUAAAUCAGAGUAUUUGAUACUGAAGAUUUUAGAAAGUUAAUUACAUUUAAAAAAAUACUAAAAACACUAAUCAUAUGAACAUUAUUGAAAUUAAUAAAUAUUAAUUCAUAAUUGUUGGUAAUAGAAUAAGUUCAUUUAUAAUUGCAGUUAGAAUUGAAGAAAAAUAGCUAUCAAAUAAAAAUGAACUUGAAUAAAAUAAUGAUGAUUUUGAAACUUAAAUGAAGUCAACUACACUUUUAAUGUCAUAAAUUUUAAAGAAUCAACCGCAAGUUUUUAAUUUUAGAGUAAAAUAUUAGGAUUAAAUGUAAAUAUAUAAUUGAAUUAAGAGAAUCAAUUUCGGAAUAGAUUAAGGGCGCCAAAGUUAAUUACUUCCAAAAAUAAAGUUGAAAGAAGCACAUAAUUAUACUGAAUUACUAGAUGAGUUUAUAAGAGACAAAAUUCAAGAAAUAGAAUAGAAUAUAUAUGCAAACAAACUUUUUUAAGAUAGAAUACUUCAAGUAACUGAACCUUUUAUAGAGCAUUAACCAGAUCCUAUAGAUCCUAAAAUUUUAUAAAUGCUACAGCCUUUGUAAUAAGGAUUUAAGAAAAUCGAUCAUAAAUACAACUAAUCUGAGUAGAAUGCUUCCAAGAUUUAAUCUGUUCGAUAAUUACAAAAGUAAUUAUUAAUUCCUGAAAUUUCUAGCAAUAGUUAAACUAGAAAGAAACUGGAUAUUCUAAAUUUUGAUCAAUACGAAAAAUCAAUUAGAAUGAAAAUAGACCCUUUGUUGGUUACAGAUACAAAUUUCUUAUUCAAAUAAUUAGAAGAUGAUUAUUUAAAUGUACAAUGUAAAAAAUCUACCAAACCUAAUCAUUAUGUUAUGAAUCCAGUAUGAAUACUAAACUUAGAGAAGAAAAUUAAAAAAACAAUUAUUUGCUACCUAAUAUAAAACAAAAGGAUAAAAAAUAAAAACAAUCCAAUCAAUCUAACCUACUAAUUAAACAAUGAAUCAAACAAGUGCUUUAUCAGGAACUACAAAAAAUAGUAGAAAUACCACUAAUCAAUUUUAUCAAUUAUAAAAAAUGAUUAGCCUCCUCCAAUUCCAC